UUGAUAAAUUGAUGCAUUUUUCAUCUGAAUGAAUAAAAAAGAUUUAACACAGCCUCCUAGAUAUGCAUUAAUGUGAAAUAAUUUUGUUUAUAUUAAAGGAAUACUCCACCCCAAAAUAAAAACUUUGUCAUUAAUCACUUACCCUCAUGUCGUUCCAAACCCGUAAAAGCUUCGUUCAUCUUUGGAACACAAUUUAAGAUAUUUAAGAUUGAGUAUUUUGACAGUGUAACUUACUUGGCAGUCUAUGGAAUCCUUCUGAUUCCGAACACAUCUAAUGACAUUAGUCUCAUUAUACAUGUAAUGAAUAUAUUUGAAAGAAAUGUAUACUUUUGUUCAGCAAGUAUGCAUUAAAUGGAUAAAAAAUGACAGAUUAUUAUAAAAUAAAAUAAAAAAAGAUUAAAUUAUAUGGUUUUCCUUUGAACGUUGUAUUCAUCGAAAACAUUUCUGAAGGAUCAUGUGACUGCUGCAAUGGCUGCUAAAAAAAGGAAAAAAAGCUUUGCUUCACAAGAAUGCAUUACUUAAAAUAGAAAAAUAGUUCAAUUUAAAUUGUAAUACCAUUUCACAAUAUUACUUUUUAUCAUAUACUCCCACCCCCCAAAAAAAGGAGCAACUGCAAAUGAGAGACAAAACAUUGAAAGCAGGUAUUCUACAUUUUACAUAUUUCUAGUUUGACUAACUGUAAGAAGAGCCUCCUCGGUGAAAAAUGUGGUUUACUGAAGUCUGCAUGUGCAUUUUGUACAAUAAAUACUGGAUCAACGUAGUGUUUUUAAAAAUAUGUAAUUUGCUUUUGUUUUGUUUUUUUGUGCUAGCUUAGUGCACAGUGGCUGAAACCAACUUCACACAAGCGGGAGCUGCAUAUGCAAAACACGCAGUCAUGUUGGCUGUUCUGUUGACCAUUUUGUUGUUUAAUCAAGGGCUUUCAUUGGACAAUCGUGGGAUGAGUUUCAUCACUGCAUUCCCCGAGAAUAUUGCUGUUUAUUAUGGAAAGACCUAUAACCUAUUCAAAAUCACUACCCUUCACCCAGAAACUACGAUCAGUGUCACCUAUAUGGCCAACGGCAUCAUCAAAACCAACACAAGCCUCACUGAAGGAAUCGUUUGGACUUUGAAUUUGACAAAGCUUGUUGAAGAAUCCCAGUUUAUGUCUUCCAAUAAGACGUUUCGAAUCACCAGUGAUAAAAACAUCACAGUGCUUUCUGUGACUGGAUGGGAGGGGAGAUUCCAGUCUCACAUUGUCCAGCCUGAACAAAAUCUGGGAAAUGUGUAUCUUGUUCCCCCUCUGAAUUACAGCAACAUAGCCAAGUCCUUUAACCUCAUGAUGACAUCAGAUGUCAGAUUCCUGCCUUUUAGGCUGAUGAUCAUCAAUGCAGUGGACAUGGUCAAAAGAGUCACCAUCAAACGGGUAGAUGAAAAAGGUCAGAGCCAAGAAGAUACUAUAAUGCUCAAUCCUUACAAUCUUUAUCAGAUUCAGAUUGAUGGGUUGGUGAGACAAAUCAACACAGAGGACAAAGUGGCUGUGAUUCUCACCCAUCCGUGCUUUGACAGCAACAACUGCUCAUGCAACAUGAUUCUGAACCAGCUCCAACCCUAUGUGUCAAACAGAAAUAAAGACAGAUUCAUCAUGCCCCCCAUCUUCAGCGCCAGACAGCUACUUGUGACAACAAAUGAACCCUUCCAAGUUUGCCAGAGUUGUUUUACACCUGAAACUGGUAAUUUGGUGCAAACUUCUUCAGACAUCUUGCCAUUAUUACAGAGUUUUAAGAACAGCAUUUCAAUUAUUUCUACCACCAUCCAGGUUUCCCUCCGAUUAAUCAGUCCUGGACUUAUUCUAGACCUCAUUCCGAUAAGCAAGUUCUCUGGCUGCUAUCUGGUAGAUUUUAAUUCCUCACGCAAUGGUGCCUUGGUUAUUGCUAAUACAUCCAGCACUGAUGCUGUGCGAAUGAAUGAUCAGAAGUUGCCUACAAACAUCAACUGGAGGGUUAUAAAUGGCACAGGGUACUCUUGGGCUCUAGUGGAGGGAGGAAGGAUGAGCACAAUCUGGCAUCCUUUUGCAAGGAUUGGUGUAUAUAUGAUAGAACGCUUGAACUCGAACAAUACCUAUGGGAGUGCAGCAACAGUUAUAAAUACAGACCCAGAUAAUGGCGGCUGUCUGCUGAUUCCGGAGAUAUUUGUACUUGGUGAAGAUGAAAUGAGCUGGUUCAAGUCUCGCGAGUACUGCAUGGAAAAUGCUGAUCAGUUUGCCAGGCUCAACAAUGAAAGCAGCCAGACUAAGAUGACCUUAAACAUGACACAGAGGGAACCCACGGAGGGCUGGAUCAGUCUGCGGCGCAGCUUGUUCACAACUGACUGGUACUGGAAAAAUGAGGACACUUUCCCACCUAACGUGGACUUCACUUACUGGGAGAAUGGACAGCCUGACAAACCAGAGAAAGGCUUGUGCGCCUCGGUUUCCCUGGAUCCCAGCAAGAACUUCAAGUGGAAGAGUGCACGCUGCUGUUCUAAAAAGAAGCCUGUUUGCUAUAAAAGGCCAAAAUACUUCACUUUACCAGAUACGUUUUAAACAACAAAUGUUUUUAUUAUAAGGCUUAUGAUUAAUUUUUUGCUUUUUUAGGGAUCAUUAUAGAUUGGUUUGAUUUUAAUGCUCAACAUUUAUCUGUCUAUACAUAGUUAGGCCCCUAUAUUAGACUAGAUUUAGAAAAUGUUAUCCGGUGGGCAAUGACAUAGAUCUAGCAAUAAUAUUUACAGUGAAAAGAAAACUUUGCAGGUUAAAUAUAACUUUUAAAUAUUAGCAUGUAACUUGAGAUGCAUUUUGAGCUGUAUCCAGACUAAGAUUAAAAUUUAUUAAAAGAAUGUUAAUUGAACAGCAUCGAGUCCUGUAGACUUUUUUUUAAUACAAAAUAAUGCCAUAGGCUUUAUUUGAUAUUAUUUUUUAGCCCUUUAUUUUAAAAAUCUUUACUU